UGGCAGCCUCCAGUGAGAACGUGCUCUCAGCACUAUUACCGUUAUAUUUUGGAGAUGACAGCUCAUUAUCUCACGUUCCCCAUGUUAUAUCCAACGUGGAUGAUCAUCAGCUGUUUGCGAUUCCGAAAACAAAUUCUUUGCAUCCUGUGAUCAGCCACAUUCAUACGUGCCUGAACUCAUCUAAUAAAAGAUUAGAAGGGUUAUUAUUACUAGAGAAACUGGUUGUACAAUCUUCAACUUUAAUAUUUACUGAUUAUGUUAAUACAUGGAUUAAACUUUUGUUACAAAUUUUAAAGGGUCCAGGGGAGACAGUGUUUCACCAACAGUCAUGUAAAAUUAUUUCUCUCAUAUUGAAAAUAUCUACAGAUUUCAGUGAAAUAUCUCGAGAUGUGGCUACAAAUAUCAUACCCCAACUUUUACCAGUUUUACUCAAUGCCCAAGAUUUUUAUAAAGAUGAAGCUAUUCACUGUAUUAAAGUUUGCUGUGAAACUUUUCCAGGACCAACAGGUAGUUUCAGGAAUAAAAUAGAGAAAUUACUACUGGCUGAUCUUCAGUGUCACAUACCUAAAUCCGACUCGGCUCAUUGUUUAGCUUUAUUAGGAGGAUGUGGUCCAGGUGGCAAGAAUCGAGUUAAACAUUCACUAGGCUGGAGAAUACAAUUUGAUAAAAUAUACAAUACACUUAAACAUACAUUAUCACAAUUAUAUGAUAUGGUAGAAACAGACGAAUCAUCAAGUAGUAAUGAUAUUAAUGGAGAAAUGUUUCAACUGAAUAUAAUACCUGAUAAUACAAUAGAUAGACGUGAUGUAUUAAUACAUAGAUUUACUGUCUUUAGUCAGGUUUUAUCUUCAUUAUUUACGGAGAGUUUUACAGCUGUAGCUGAAAUUCCAGUAGAGAAUAUUCUUAGACUAGUUUGUGAUUGUUUAGCUGUUAACGGAAAAAUGUUGGAAGCUCGUCCAUCUACUGAUCAUCUGUUAUUAUUAGCUUUACUACCUACAGUACAUAAAACGGCUUUAUCUAUUUUAAAUAGUUUAAUCUUAAUGUGUAGACAAGUUCUAAUUCCUUUUACAUCGACUAUUAAUAAACUGUUUAUACAGAGUUUGGUGUGGACAAGAGUAAAUACUAAAUAUGGUCAACAAAAACAAUAUUGUACAUUAAGAGAGUGUGUAUAUAAAACUAUGACGACGUGGUUACAACUUCUUGGUUCCUCCAGUAAUCUUGUUGCCGAGGAAACAGACCUAAUUAAAGAAAUAAUCAGUGAUGUCACACCACAGGUUGAUGUAAUAAAGCUUUCAACAACUGGUAUGAAUACUGGUUUAGAACCUCCAAAGAAAAAGAAGAAGAAAAAUGCAGGAUAUCAAGAAAUAACACAGGGAAUGAGUUCUUAUAGAAAAACUAAUAUAUUAGCUAAUUCUACUCUUACUAGUAACUGUCUAAAGGUAUUUCAGUUGUUUGUAUCAAGUUUUGGUUCUAGUCUUCAAACAAAGUCAUACAAGGAUAUACAAGAAGUAAUAGUGUCUAUAUUAUUAGAUGUACAAUGUAAUAGAGAAGUACCACCAGUACCAUAUAGUGAUGAUAAGUCUCGUAAAAGAUUAUAUGCUGUAUUAAAAGCUUGCGUCAUAUCACAACAUUCUAAACUACCUUCAUUAUUACAAUGUGCUGUUAGAUUUUUUACAAUUGGACAAAACGACCCCAGUGUAAUGGUUUCAUCUUUCUGUAGAGAAGCACUAUCCAUAAGUGAGUGUUUAUUUCAUCCUCGGGCUCCUUGCCUUCGUGGGCCAAAUUUUGAAGUUUCUACAAUACAUUCAGAUAAAUCUAUUCAAAAAGAGACACUGGUAAACCAUUCAUCUAUUCAAAACACACCCAAUAAGCCAUUAGUGCCUUCUAAAACAUUGACUCUCUCACGCUCAAAAGUAGAAAAGACUUCUGUCAAGCCAACUCUUAAUCAGCCUCAGCAAACAUUUAUCCAGGAUUCAAACAUAGAAGCAGACUCCGAUUCUGACUUAGAUGAAGAACCUGAAGAUAAUGCAUCAUCGAAGCCCAAGAAACUAUCCUUUGAAGAUAUGCAAACAUUGGAGGAUGUAGCAGAUGGUCAUAUGCCGUCAGUUGAAGAAUCUGAAAUGCGUACAAGUCAGGAGAAGAUUUCACAAGUUGAAGAUGUUCAUGGUUCUGUUGUGUCAGAAGAUAUGCCAGAAGAGAAACCAGAUUCGAUGUCUCUUGAUGUUCAGACACAGAAUAAAGCUGUGGAAUCAAUGGCAAUGAGUUUCAUCGAUGCUGGACCAGAUUCGGAUUGAAAAUAAAUAUAACUGAAAACAUA